AUGAGCGGGCACGGGGCGCAAAACCUUCAAUGCGGGGGGCAAAACCCUCGCCCUGGGCGUGGGGGCCAAUACCCUGGGCUCGGGGGACCGUACCACGGCGCGUCGGCACCCUCCGCUUCUCACUUCGGACCAUCUCGCCCCGCGUCUCCUAAUGCCACCGCGUUAGGGCAGUUCGAAGUCGUCUCCCAUCAGUAUGCGCUGGCGCCCGCCUCCAACCAGAACCCUUACACGCCGCAGUUCGGACCACCAGGGCUGUCGCUGUUUGCACCGUCCCAGCCGCCUCCCAGUGCUGAGUUGGUCAACCCCACCCUUCAGUUCAGACCACCAGGGCCGCACCAGGAGGAGCCGUUUGAUCCACAGAAUUACUCGUUGGUGGAUUCGCAACAACCGCUGCCGCUGCAACCAUCGCCAUCACCACUGCCAAGACCAUCUUCACCACCGACACCAGCAGUGCCUUCAUCUCCACCACCGUUGCCAUCACCAAUGCUGUUUCAUCCUUCGUCUCCAGAAAACAAAAGCUUUGGUGGCAAUUUCGAUGUCAGUGAUAUGCUCGUGUCAGCAGAAGAUCGCUUGCAUGUAACAAUUAACAAGCAUGCUAAUAUGAAAGCUUCAAAACUGAACAUACACAAAGAUUUGAUGAAGCUACUCAAUUCUCUAGUGAAGACCAGAUAUGGUGAAGCUGGAAAUAGACCUGCAUAUGUUGAUGAUUUCAUUUCUCGGGUAGAAGAUCUAUCUCCAGAGUCAGAUGUUGAAGAAGAAGAAAGGGAGAUACAACUUUGGGUCAUCAGGCAUCACCCUUUACUUAUCGAGCCUGCUAAAAGAAGACUGCUACUUGACUUCUACAAAUUCUAUAAAACGUUGGAUCAUACAGUAGCGGAACAGCUUAUUAAAAAGAUAAACAAGUUCUGCCAUUCUAGGUGGCAUGUUUUCACUGCGCCUAAAGAUAAGUUCAUCUCUGCUAUAUACUGGAAAAGGAAGCUAGGAAAGCGCCCACCAGAUUAUCAUCAGAUAGACUAUACUGCAGAUCCGGAUCUUCUCGAGGAAAAUCCUCAAUAUUAUCCUUUUACUGGCGAGGAUGGCUAUCUUGCAGUGUUCCUCCACAAUUUUAUUGUCCAUGGGCCAGAAGAAGCAUUGGCUUAUGGAAUUGAACUGGAAGAACUGGAACUAAUAGUUGCACAUUACUUGGGAAAACCUUUGCCCACUUUUCUUGAGGAAAUGUCCAGCGCCACAGACAAGCAUGAAAUGCUCAAGGAGAUACUUACUGUGUAUGCUGAGCGGAGAUCUAUCUCGCGUAGAGCUCCGGGGUGA